AUGGACGGAGUCACUACCGAGAAAUGUGCUAUUCUCCUCCGCUUCCCUUACUUUUCCAUCCAGAAAAUGGAGACAGCAAGUCAGUCUCGUCGCAGUGCAAAGGACAAAGUUCGCACUCUUUUGCAGUACUACUACAACUUUGAGUCGACCAGAAAACGAGACCAGGAACAAGUGAUUCGGAAAGUCGGACUGUUUCCAGAAGACCAUGUCGUCCAUGUGCCUCAGGUGUGGGCUGUGAUUGUAAAUUUUCAGUCUCAACACGGACUUCGAUAUGGGCCUCGAUAUGAAUCUCGCUAUGAGACUAGAUAUGCGGAUCGAUCUGAACGUCGACGCGAGCGUCGAUAUGAAUCCCGAUAUGAAACUCAAUACGAUCAUUACCCACCCGAAAAACUCAAAGAACCUUACGAACCGCGACAAGAUUUCGAAAUACUAACUACAGACAUGAAAGUCAUACAAGCCGAAGACUGGCCUAAAGUCACAACUUCUCGCGCAUCAGCUAUCAUACGGAUUCACGUAAAGACAAUAUCGCCUAAUCCACCGAAGCGGCAGAUGAAAGCGGAUUACUCUGAAGGCUAUGAUGAGACUUCACCUUUAUACACUGAACAUAGGGGAAAACGGCGAUCCAAAUCACAGAAGCACCCACUCUCCUCCGGCGUCGUCGUUAACCGCGAGAACACAGCACAGAAGCCAAACGACAUCACAUCAGUUGCUCCAGAUUUUUACAUCCCAUCGCCUCAAGUAGAACCUACUUCGCCCUCAAAGGAGCCGAGCAGCCACCAACAUAGCAAUCAGGAGACACAAGAUUCAGGAGACAAACAUCGUCCGAUCAAAAGAAGUGUGACAUUUGACUCCCUGCAUGGAGAAUCACUGAAAUCCAUCGACAAGUCGGCAGUUGAGAGAAAACCAACCAUCAACACAGGAUUUCCGCCAGUUUUUACCUGGCCAGUGACAAGAAGGUCAUCUGAGCCGAGCGAUAGUCUAGGCCACCAGGUCAAAGGUUCAAAUAUAGAGAGCCCUGAUCCAGACUCUGCCAAGAACAUGCAAACACUACCCGAGGAAACCGAAGCCCAACAUACCCACGAGGAAGUUAUCAAACAUGUUUCUACCCAUAUUGAUGGUGAACUGCGAGAGUCAGUCAGGGAGGGUAACAAGCUGGUUUACAGAGAAACAACCGAAAUGUCAUUUUUCCAGGUGGACAAGGCCAUCAUAGAACGUGUGGGGAUCCCAAUAUCUUUCUUGAUGAUGAAUGAUGUAGGAAAGCCCAAAGGAGUGUCUGAUGCACCACCGUGGAAACAAGACUUGAAGGAGAUAGUGAGCAGUCUUUGCCGGCUAUUCAACUUCUUCGUCCCGUUAGCAUACCCAUGUGUUAUAGGGGAUAAGUUUUGGGGAGCGAUACAUGAUCUGAUCACGAUAAUCCCACAAAUAUGCGACAAGUCACAGAUGCUCAAACUGACUAAAGGAAGCCGUCACUCCCGGGUGACGACAGCUUUCUACAUAGCCAACGUCAGAGAUGAACAAUACGCCGACCUUCGGGAUAAGGCAGAUUUAGAUCUACUUAUCAAAGAUGUCACGCACUGUGAUGAUUGUGACAGGUGCCGAGAAUACUCUAAGCAAUCUGAUGCGUGGGAUCAUCUCUUCAAGCAUCAUUUCAGGGUUUCCUCUGAAGAGAAAGCAGCUAUCAGCGCCAGAUCACAAUGGGUCAUGGAUCGUGAGCAAUACCUUACCUUCAUCUGCCGACGAGACGGACAGAAAAUACUCGAUGAGCUCAAGGAUGAUAUCUCAAGCUUGGAGAAAAUGGCAUCCCAGAUACAGCAUGGGGUUUCAGAAAAUGGAGAGCUGGACCGCGACACGUAUAGAAUCCCGUCAAGUCUGGUUGAUGCCUUUCAAAGCUUUGUGAUGAUGGUUGUAACAGGUGCGCAUGCUGUGAAGUCCUCAUAUCAGAUUCGGAAAAAGUAUGCAGAAUCUGACCCUCACCCGCCUUCAACCUUCCUCGAGCCUCAUGUCUCAUUUUCGGUUGCAAUUUUUGCGAACGAGGCCGAAAUUGCGUUGGAAACCGCCAUCAAAGAUAUCAUUCUUAUGACCUUCACCAAUGAGAAAUCAGAUGUCGUGAGCUAUGAAGCUAUGAGCCCCAGCUUGGUGAUUGCUCUCAUCAUGGGGGACAUCCGAUCCAGAGAUUCUCAUGGAAAUCCGGUCAACCUGGUUGAGACAUUUGAGCAAUACAUUCAAGUUCUGCAAUUCAAAGCCGGCCAGCGUCCCAACAGGCGUUUGAUGCAGGAGAUAUACAUCGUCCGAGAGGAGCUUCUGAUGGUCGAGAAGAUCACUAAGGAGCAACACCAGAUUCUCACGGACUACUGUGACGUCUUGAGACCAGAUACAUUCCGAAUCACCACUGAGUCGCGAAUCUCUUCGUUCGAAAUCGAGAGUAGAUGGCUUCAAAAGCUCAUCGACGGAACCAACGAUGACCUUGAUUUGAUAGAGGCUCUCCUGGACAGGCUUGAAUCAAUAGCUACUCAGACACGCAAUGGGGUAGAGGUUCGUCAAGAAGAUCAAGGCAAGGCCAUUCUGGUCUUUACCAUCAUGACGGUAGUGUUCAUGCCGCUGUCAUUCGUGACAGGCUACUUUGGUAUGAACACGGAAGACAUCCGUAACAUGGGAAGUUCUCAGGCGCUGUUUUGGACCGUCUCUAUCCCAUUUACAGUCGUCAUCAUUUCUGCCGUUUUGCUUGUCGCGUUCCAGGCGGAUCGACUUCGUGAAGCUUUUGAUACAUUGUUGUCGCAUGAUGAUGUACCGUUGGUGAGGCCGGUCGACAGUUUUCCGGCUGAGAAACAGGCGCCAGAGGGAGAGAAAAAGGGCCUUGAAUCACCAAAUAGCGUUGAACUACCUGGGAAACGCUGGUUUGCAAGAAGGAGAGUUGCGAAUUGGAAGGCCGCGUCGCAAGAUUCAUCUUUCGCGUGA